AUGGUUUAUAACAAGGCCGAUUCUCCGGGUUUCUACUCUGUGCCGAUUCAUGGAACUGAAGAGGAAGGCUUCAGUCCCGUUUACAGGCAUCCCGACCACGAGGAUAUUAUCGAUUCUUCAAAAUUUGGGGACGUGAGAACAUCAUGGGAUCUUUUCCAGGUUGGCUUUAAAAAGAACCCUGACGGCGACUGUGUCGGGAAAAGAAAACGCCUACCAGAUGGAAAACUCGGGGAGUUUGAGUUCAAAACGUAUACUGAGUUCUUCGAGACCGUCAAAGUAGCAGGAAGCUCCCUGGUCCACCACAACUUCAUAAAGGAGCAGAAAACUCAGUGCCCAAAUGUGGCGAAAACCUGCAAGCUGGUAGGGUUGUUUCUGCCGAGUUGCGAGGAGUGGCUGGUCCUCGAACAAGCGUGCUACGGCUACGGAUACACCCUGGUUCCCAUUUACAACACACUGGGAGACGAAUCGAUUCUUUACAUACUCUCCAACACAGAGCUCGAAGUUGUGUUCUGCACCGAGGAGACGGGGAAGAACCUCCUGAGGAUCCUGGCAAAGGGGACGGAGAAGCAGUUCCUCAACACACUGGUUCUGGUCGACACGACGUCAGUACCCAAGGAGUUUGCGAAUAGCCCCCGAGGCUUGAAAUUCAUGCUAUGGUCGGAAUUUAUGGCAAAGGGCGAAAAGGACGUUUUGCCACCUACCCCCGGGGAACCAAACGCUCUCAACAUCAUAUCAUACACCUCGGGGACCACGGGGGUCCCGAAGGGGGUGAUGAUAACUCACAAACAAUUCGUCGACACAAUAGUAGUAACUCUCGAUGCAGUUUGCAAGCCCAUGGGCAUCAAUAGCGAUUACUUCGCCUGUCACUUAAGUUACCUGCCGAUGGCACAUAUGUUCGAAAAGGACUUUAUAAAUGCAGUUUUUUAUUCCGGAGGAAAAAUCGGAAUUUAUUCAGGAGAUGUUAAGCUGAUACUAGAGGAUCUCCAGACACUGAAGCCGGUGUUAUUCGUCAGUGUUCCACGCCUUUAUCAGAGAAUCCAUGAUAAAAUAAUGACGGGAGCUCAGUCAAAACCAGUAAUGAUUCGCGGGCUGUUUAACCAAGGUCUCCGGACAAAAAUGAACCGUAUAAGGAAUCAGGGAAUAUAUACACAUAAAUUUUAUGAUAAGUUAAUAUUUGAUAAAGUAAACAAGUUGCUGGGAGGGAAUGUUAAGUGGUUAUUCGUUGGAUCAUCAUGUUUGAACUCGUUGGUGAUUGAAAGAGUAAGAGCGAUGAUGAGCACACCGCUCUUCUGGGGAUACGCAUUAACAGAGUGCUGCGCAGGAGGAUUCGUGCAACACAAGGACGACACGAACCCUGUUAACCUGGGAGGACCCUCGGGAGGAUUCCAGUUCAGGCUUAGGUCAAUACCUGAGCUGAAGUACUUCGUUAACGAAAAGCCCAUGAGGGGAGAGUUGCUCAUUAGGGGAACUAAUGUAUCGGCAGGCUACUUUAAAAUGGACGAACUGACGAAGGAAACGUUUAAAGACGGAUGGCUAUAUACAGGAGACGUGGUGGAGCUCAUGGAAAACGGAAGCAUAAAAGUAAUCGACCGCAUCAAGCAGGUGUUUAAGCUGGCCCAGGGAGAGUACGUGGCCCCCGAGUACGUGGAGUCGAUAAUCAACUCGUGUAUGUUCGUCGCACAGUCCUACGUAGUGGGAAACUCGGACGAGUCGUACCCAGUGGGAGUGGUCGUGCCAGACGAGGAGGCGCUCGGACCAUGGAAAAAGGGUAACGGCAUGGCCAAUGCGACCCUGGAGGAGUUGGCGCAAAGCCCGGAACUGAAAAAGUUCCUGUUUGAAGAGGUGCAAAGGGUCUUGGCGGCAGCGAACGUGAAGGGGUUCCAGAGGGUGAAGGCGAUACACCUCCACGGGGAACUCUUCUCAGUGGAAAACGACAUGCUGACGGUCACGUUCAAGCUGAAACGCAACACCAUUCGAAAAAAAUUCGAAACCGUGGUGGACGAGAUGUACAAAUCACUUAAGUCGGCCUCCGAAUCUACGUAA